CCUAAAGCGACACAACUCCGGCCAAAAAGAGAAAAAACUAACAUCUGUUAAUCUGUUAUCUGUACCGGUCUCAAUCAAAACGAACACAUAGUCCCCACUAACUUAAAGUCUUAAACCCAAAACCUCCAAGAAUUCCCAAUUCCAAAUUUCACCAUUUUUGAUUCUGAGAAAACAAGAGAGAUGAAGAGCAUUCCUUUGAUUCUCAUGGGUUGCGGAGGUGUCGGGCGACAGCUUCUUCAACACAUUGUCUCCUGCAGACUCAUCCAUGCCAAUCUUCAUGGCGUUAGAUUGAGAGUGGUGGGAGUUGCAGACAGCAAAUCUUUGCUUUCUGUGCCGGAUAUAUUCACCACUGAGCUUGAUGAUAAUUCAAUUAAUGAAAUUUGUCGCCUCAAAUCAAACGGUUCUUCCCUUUCUUCUCUCACAUCUUAUGGUGCUUACCAAGUGUUCUCCAAUUCUGAGACGAUCACUAAUAUUUCUGAAAUUGCAAGCCAUUUGGUUCGAUCCACAGGAUUGGCUGUUGUAGACUGCUCUGCUAGUUCAGACACCAUAGGGAUAUUGCAGAAGGUUGUUGAAAUGAAUGGCUGCAUUGUACUUGCAAAUAAGAAGCCCCUUACAUCCUCAAUGGAGAAUUAUGAUAAGUUGGUCUUACACCCACACCGUCUUCGACAUGAAUCAACUGUUGGUGCUGGUCUUCCAGUAAUAGUGUCCAUUAAUCGGUUACUUUCAUCUGGGGACACUAUCCAUCGUAUUGUUGGCAGCUUGAGUGGCACAUUGGGGUAUGUCAUGAGCGAAGUAGAAGAUGGGAAGCCUCUUAGUGAAGUUGUGAAAACUGCUAAGGCUCUUGGUUAUACUGAACCAGAUCCUCGUGAUGACUUGGGUGGUAUGGAUGUCGCAAGAAAGGCUUUAAUCAUUGCUCGGCUUCUCGGACAACGAAUUGAGUUGGACAGCAUUAAGGUGGAAAGUUUAUAUCCUGCUGAAAUGGGACCUAAUGUCAUGAAUGUGGAAGAAUUUCUUGCUACUGGUGUUCCACAACUUGAUAAUAAUCUUGCGGAUAGAGUCGAAAAAGCAGCUACCAACGGAAACGUGCUUCGCUAUGUUUGUGUGAUCGAGGGUUCUAGGUGCGAGGUUGGAAUUCAGGAGGUUCCCAAAAAUUCUGCCUUAGGAAGACUAAGAGGAAGCGAUAAUGUGGUGGAAGUAUACAGCAGGUGUUAUAGCGAGCAACCGUUGAUCAUCCAAGGUGCCGGAGCUGGCAAUGAUACAACAGCAGCUGGUGUCCUUGCCGAUAUCCUCGAUAUUCAGGAUCUCUUUACUUGAUCACAUAUUUCGUGAGCACCAACUUUAAAUUCUACUCCCAGAUGCACAAUAUCCAGAAUUUUCAGGGUUUACAACUUUAGAUCUAGGAAACUACUUAUUUGAUGUGGAAAUAAAAGUCACUCUUCUAUUUUAGGAUGUCCAGAAAAAAAAUCGUAGUUGGCAAAAUAAUCAAGUAAUGGUUUGUGACUGAUUUUACCAUUAUACCCUUGCUAAGAUUAUUGAUCCAGUGUACAAUCAAUAUUGAUAUUGUAAGGCGGGUAUAAAGUUAUUACUUAGUAGAA